AUGCCUGCUCCGCGUCCAGCGUCUGCUGGACGGCCGGCAGCCGCACGACCUGCAUCGCCAGGCAGAAGGCGGCUGGGUGAGCCCAAGUCUGGCAAUGAACCGGAGUUCGUGCCACCUUCUCCUUCGACCUUGCCGAUCUUCCAUUUCAAAGCUGAGUUGACGCGACACCAAGAGCGAAUCGAGACAAUCAUCAGCGAAAUGCUCGUGCGCAUUCCAGAGGUGACGUCCCAGGCAGUAAGGGACGAGCUGGGCAAUCUGAAGUUACCGAUGAACAGGCAACGCAGCUCUCUCAGAAUGUCGCAACGCAGCUCCCUACAACUUACAGGGAGUGUUGCAGACCUCCCAGGCGUGCCGCAGGUAUCAUUGCAUGAGCCCCUCGGGGAGGAUGAAAGCCUCAACAAUCAGCUGGCGUUUUCACGCUCUACAAGCAGUAAUGGCAAGACUCCUUCACGACGUCCAUCCCAACAGGAUAAACUAGAAGCAUGGGGAGGCAUAGAAGAGGAGGCAAAGUUCAAGCUGGACAGAGACAAAGUCAAAGGUGUCAAAGACCUUCUUGAGAUGAAGAAGCGGCAGCUUGAUGCUGCGACUGGACAGAGGUGCCAACGAUUCGCCAGGAUGGUGGUCGCACAUCCGAAGUUUGAACUGGGCUGUGCAAUGCUGAUUCUAGUUUGUGCUGUCAUGAUUGGCGUCGAAGCCCACUGGACAGUCGAGCAUAUUGGUUCACCUGAGCCAUUGACCUUUCGCAUUCUGAACUCGAUCUUCAACCUCCUCUUCACUGUGGAGCUGAUACUUCGAGCCACGGUGGAUGGCCUACAUUUCUGGUCCUGGUCCAACCCCUCCAUACACUGGAACUUGGUGGAUUCGGUCCUGGUUGCUAGUGGGCUUCUGGAGGAAUUGUUGCUCGUGCUGUUAUAUGCAGCCAGUGUCAACUUGUCAGGUCUGAAGAUACUUCGGAUGGUGCGCUUGGCGCGGAUAUUGAGAAUAGUGAAGGUGGUGCGCUUCUUCUCCGAGCUGCGCGUUAUGGUAAAUGGGGUCAUUGGCUCGGCGAAGUCGCUGAUUUGGGCUCUACUCCUGCUGAUCUUGGUAAAUUUCCUGUUUGGUGUGCUCGUGAUGCAGCUAUCCGUGGAGUACCUGGAAAAUGUCGACUCUCAUGCUGAAUUGCUGGACUACUUUGGCUCCCUUGAUCGUACUAUGCUGACGCUGUAUGAAUCAGUCUCUGGCGGCAUAGACUGGAAAAAUGCCGUGGUCACACUGCGUCCUGUGGGUGCGUGGAUGGAGUACAUCUUCGCAGCUUACGUGUUCUUCACGGUGUUCUGCUGCAUGAACAUAGUCACAGGCAUUUUCGUGGACAACGCAAAGGCCUUGAAGGUGGCAGACGAAGAAGCCAUGCAUCAUGAGGCGAUGAAGGAGCGACAAAAGUGGAUUGUCGAAGUGGCAGAUCUCUUCUCGCGAAUCAGCGAAGCGCAUGAAGGGAGGUUGACGAAGCAGCAGUUCGUCUAUCACGUCACAAACAGCGAUAGAAUUGCGACAUGCUUCUCUCACCUGGGCAUCAACACAGAGACGACGAACACGGACGAGCUGUGGGAUCUCUUCGACAUGGAUGAAAACGGCUGCAUCGACCAGGAAGAGUUUGCCAUGGGCAUCAAGCAAUUUCACGGAGCUGCACGCAGCAUCGAUUUGUUCAAGAUGAGACGAGAAGUGAAGGAACUCGUCCGGCUCGUCAAAGAGGGGCUAAAAGCCGGCCUGAUUUUCCUCGCCAUGAAAGCCGGUUACUUGGCUGGCCUUGGGCUGCCCUUCGGAGGUUCACCAGUGCUCCUGCACCUUCCCGAGGAGAGCCAGGACCGCAGCGGCGCAUCAGGCGCGUCCUCCGUCCAGGCAUCCACCGGGACCAAAGCGGAGGAGGCAUCGGACGGCAGGAGCUUCCUGGAAAAGUGGAUCGACACAGACUUGGCCAAAGGCGGGCGCUGCCAUGGCCAGAAGGUCUUGACGCGAUUCCCGCCAGAGCCGAAUGGCUAUCUGCAUAUUGGCCAUGCAAAGUCCAUCACCAUCAACUUUGGCUUGGCACAGAAGUACGGCGGCGGUUGCAACCUUCGGUUUGACGAUACAAAUCCAGACACGGAGGAGACGGAGUAUGUGGAGUCGAUUCAGGAGGGUCUUGACAUGGAGAAGUGCAAGGCUGGUGGCAAGCCUUGGGUGGGUGAGCCCGUGUAUGCAAGUGCACAGCUCAGGUGUGACUACUUUCAGAAGAUGUACGACUUCGCCAUCGAUCUGAUCAAGCACGGAAAAGCAUAUGUGGACUCGCAGACUCCCGAGGAGGUGCAGAAGAAUCGCGGUGGCGGCCCGAACAAUCUUCCGGGAGUCCCAAGCUCUGAAAAGCUCAGCCAAUGCGAAGGCAAUGUCUUCUGCACCUGCUGCACCAAGGUUGACUCGCCGUUUCGAAACCGUAGUGUCGAGGAGAAUCUACGGCUGUUCGAAGAGAUGCAGGCGGGAAAGCACGCAGAGGGCUCGCUUCUUCUCCGGGCCAAGAUCGACAUGAAUCAUCCGAACAUGAACAUGCGGGACCCGCCCAUGCCACUGGAACUUCAAAAGCUGACGAACGUUUGUACCGGGUUCGAUUUAGUCAUCACCACCGAACUGGUGACCGCUGGAAGGCCACCACAGUUGCAGGAUGCAAUAGAGGGCGUUACGCACUCAAUUUGCACACUGGAGUUUGAGAACCAUCGUGCUUUGUACGACUGGUUUCUCGACAAUACGUCAAUCGUUCCCAGCCGACCCUACCAGAAGGAGUUCGCCAGAUUGGAAGUGCAGGGUGCCUUCACCUCCAAGCGCAAGCUCCUGAGACUGGUUCGCGUUGGUGUCAGCGACAGAAACAGCGUGACGCCUUGGGACCUUGUCGAGGAGUGCUGGAGGGAAGACUUGGAGCCCAUCAGCAAGCGAAGAUUGGCCGUCUUGGACCCGCUGGCGGUGGAGAUCGUUGAUUACGAGAAGGAGGAAGAGAUUGCAGGUUUCUCCCGUAAUGUCUUUAUUGACCGGUCUGACUACCAGGAGAAUCCGCCUGAAGGAUAUUUUCGUUUGGGAAAAAUCGGCAGCGAAGUCAAGCUGAGAUAUUCGUAUGUCAUCAAGCUAGAAGAGGUAGUCAAGGAUGCAGCGGGUAAAGUGGUGAAGCUCAAAUGUCAUGAUCCCAGCACCCGCGACGUCAUGCCUGCGGACCGGAAGCCCAAAGUCAUCCACUGGGUCAACGCCAAGGAUUGCUUGGAUGCCGAGGUCCGUUUGAUCAACCCUCUCUUUCUACCAAUCCCGGAUCCUUUGCCGGAGGGCAAGGACUGGGUGGAGUACAUGAAUCCCGAAGCCUGGGUUCAAUGUGCUGCCAAAGUCGAGAGAGCGCUUGGCCAAUGCGUGUUGGAAGAUCGCUUCCAGUUCGAGCGCUGUGGCUACUUCGUUGCGUGGAAGCACUCGAGCGCUCCUGACUACGAUUGCUUUGGCACACCCCCCAAGCUUACCUUCAACCGGGUGGUGCCUUUGAAAGAGUCUUCAGACAAGAAGAAGCUCGAGGGACGAGGCGCAGCCAGCAGAAAAGAUGCUCAGGCAGCUGCAGCAGCUGAAAAGGAGCGACUGCAAAGGCUUCCACCCGAGGAAUAUUUCAAGCAAGAAAGAGGCUCGGAGUUUUCCGCAUACGACGAGACGGGCCUGCCCACACACGACAAGGACGGCGUUGCGCUUCCGAAGAGCGCCGUCAAGAAGCUGGCCAAGGCAAGCUGGGAAACGGCAGAGAGGGAUCUUGCCUCAAACCUGGCCUUGGCAAAUCGCUCCACGAUGUCUUCUGUUGGGCGCAUGGAUGGAGCAUUCUUUGUAUCCAGGACAGAGUUGCUUGCAUGGCUUAACAGCAGCUUUCAGCUCAGCCUGGACAAGGUGGAGCAAUGCGCGAACGGCGCGGUGUGGUGCCAGAUCAUUGAUGCGUGCCAUCCCGGAGCCGUUUCCAUGAAGCGAGUGAACUGGAUGGCCAGGGACGAGCAUCAGUGCAUCCCUAACUACAAGGUGUUGCAGCAGGCUUUCAGCAAGGUAGGAAUCCAACGGCACAUAGAGGUUGACAAGUUGGUGCGUGGCAAAUAUCAGGACAAUUUGGAAAUGCUUCAGUGGAUAAAAAACUACUUCGAACGCACGUUUCAAGGUACUACUUACAAUGCGGCAGCGCGCCGCUUCACCGAUAACGUGCCGGACUGGGCGAGGCCGUCAGAGGGCUCCAGCCAGCCACUCCGGCGGCCGCUCCCAGCAAGCAGUGCGAACACGUUGGCCUCCAAGGCGCCGAAGCACGGCCGCCCUGUGGGAGGCGAUGGAUACCAGCGCAGUCAAGCUCCCAACGUGGCCCUUCUUCAGACAUCCGUUAAAGAGCUGUCUCGGCCCGCAGCAACAAGAGUGCGCUUCCAGAUGGGAGCAAACCCAUCAGGAAUGUUGGGCUCGAAGAGGUCUUCUGCCGGCUACGAGGAAGCAGGCGAUGUUACCCUUACGCUCAGCACUCGCACAAUCCUGGAGCCAUCUGGAAAGCAUCAGGGGACGGUGUUUUGCUUCCAUGGCUUGGGCGACGAUAGCAGAUAUUGGGAGCCCUUCUUCGAAGCAAUGAGGUCAGUCGGCCUGGCUCUGGCAGGUCUUCGAGUUGUCGGCGUUGAUGCACCUCGCAGACUGGUAUGGGGAGAAAGAAUGAAUGCUUGGUUUGAAUACCUGACCGACCGCAGCGGCGCCUUGGAGGAGGACGAGAUCAACGAAGCACAGCUUUUGGAAACUCGCCGUGCGAUUCAAGCCUUGGUGCAGCAAGAGGUGAGUGCACUCUCCGAAGUCUGGAAUGAUGACUCUCCACGAGUCUUGCUCAUGGGGUCCUCACAGGGUGGCUCUGCGGCUUGUGAUGCAGCGCUCACAUCACCGCAGAGAGUUGCAGGUAUUGUCAUGCUUCGCUCCCUGGUCUUAGGAUCAACUGCUACCCAGCAAGUGCAAAAGCAAGUACCGCUUGUGGCGACAAGUGGCGAUAUCGACGACACCUUCGCGCUGCCCCUUGUGAAGCGAAAUUUGGACAGCAUCAAGCAAGAGGUGGAGCACGUCGUCAUAAAGGGCCUCACCCAUGCUGCAAGCUACAAUGCUGAGGAAAUCCUGGCGGUGGCGAGGUUUCUGUCUCGGCAGUUCGGCUUGGACUUGGAGAUCGCCGACGCUUUGGGGCACCUGCGCAGUUUUGUGGCCAAGCAAGAUGCGGCGCUGAAGUCUUGGGGCGAUUUGUCCGAGAGUGAACUGAUGCUUGCUGCCCGACUUGGUAUCCAAACCGCGGCCGCUUGGGACGAAGGAACUGGCAAGAUUUGGGAAGUGAACUGGGAGCAGCUAUCCUUCCUUCAGCGACAAGCAGCCCAGGGCCUGGGCUUCACGCCGGAGAGCUGGAAUGCAAAGGAUUCUCGGAUCUCCCAAGAUCCAGCUUGUGAGAAGAGCUGGGCGGAGCUCACAGAGGAAGAGCGGGCUUGGGCCUUGAAGCUUGGCGUCAAGAGCAGGAAUGCCUGGGACAACGGAACAGCACCCGUUUGGGCAAAGGCGUGGAGAAAGCUCUCCCAUGCAGAGCGGAAGGCAGCGGAGCAACUGGGCUUCAAUGAGACUUCUUGGAAUGGAACAUAG